AUGGAUCCUGGAUGCUGGGCUAUGCACCAGGCUGUGUGGAUGCCAAGGCAGGAGCAGUGUCUGCCCUCCAGGAGUUUACCAGGACUCGCUAGUCACCUGUUCACUGAAGAGCCCCCAGAGGUUUUGAGAGGUUUUGAAACUGGGUCAGCCUUGGGUGAGGCACAGGUGUUUUCCAGCGAGCCGUGUCAUUGCAAGCUCACUCUUGUGUCCUCUGUCCCUUUGCAGUUGGCCCUGCUGAAUUUCUUCUUUCCUGAAGAAAAGCUCCCCAGUGCAGAAGAAAGCAGACAUGCUCAGCGCAGCAAGAGGAGCAAAAGCAGUGAAGGAGCAGACGGUCCGGUUAAAAACAAGAAAAAGGGAAAAAAGGCCGGCCCUCCCGGGCCAAACGGUCCCCCGGGCCCCCCUGGGCCUCCAGGCCCCCAGGGGCCUCCGGGCAUCCCAGGAAUCCCCGGCAUCCCUGGCACAACAGUCAUGGGACCUCCUGGCCCCCCUGGGCCCCCUGGGCCUCAAGGCCCCCCGGGGUUGCAAGGCCCCUCAGGUGCAACCGACAAGGCUGGAGCUCGAGAGAUCCAGCCCGCCGUGGUGCAUCUCCAAGGCCAAGGCUCUGCCAUCCAAGUGAAGAAUGGUGGAGUACUCAAUGACUGGUCUCGCAUCACCAUGAACCCCAAGGUGUUUAAACUGCACCCCCGCAGCGGGGAGCUGGAGGUACUGGUGGACGGCACCUACUUCAUCUAUAGUCAGGUAGAAGUUUACUACAUCAACUUCACGGACUUUGCCAGCUACGAGGUGGUGGUGGAUGAAAAGCCCUUCUUACAGUGCACCCGGAGCAUCGAGACGGGCAAGACCAACUACAACACGUGCUACACGGCGGGCGUGUGCCUCCUCAGGGCCCACCAGAAGAUCGCCGUCAAGAUGGUACACGCCGACAUCUCCAUAAACAUGAGCAAGCACAGCACGUUCUUUGGAGCCAUCCGGCUAGGCGAGGCCCCCGCCUCCUAGACUCUCCCUGGCUGGGAGGCCAGGACACCUGGGGCCGCCCCACCAUUGCACUGCUUUGGACGGAGACGUAGGCGUGUUCCGGCCAAGGAGAGAUGGGGGAGAGAGGGCGAGAGCCAGCCGCUCACAGUCUAUUUAUUCCCUGACUAGUGGCUUUCGGGCAAGCCAGUCUGCUGGGACCCGGGGGAGGUGGCGGGUGGGGGGCCGGCCUUGCAAAGGCCAGGCGGAUCUUCAUAGACUCGGUGCCACUCGGAUGAGGGAUCAUCCACGGGCCUGUGGCCUUCAGAACUCAGAACCCACCAGCACUUCAGGGCGGGGACCGGCCGGACCGAGAGCCAGGGAGGGAGCUGCCAGAGAGGCCCUCGGCUGGGACCCUCACCCUCCGGGUCCCGGGCACCGGCAAGAGUCACUAUGGCAGAGAGCACAGGCCCGUUAGCGCUCCGAAUUUGGCGCCCACCUCUACCACUUCCCAAGUCUCUUCCUCGACAUCUCCAGGCCUCACUUGGGCUAGGGGACUCCCACGGUUCUUUCCAGCUGACUUUACUUUCCUAUCUGCAAGAUGAGGGCUUUGUACUAGAUGGCUUUCCUGAAUCUCUGCUUCUGGGACUUUCCCAAGAUGCACUGUGAAGGAACAGAAGCAGGCACCCUACACCCCCAACCCCACAGGGUGCUCAUGUCAUGGGCCAAGGGCUGUGCCGGCUGCUCAGCUCUGACUGCCGGCGGGCUCCAUCCUGACCCCCUGCUUGAAACCCUCCCUCCGUUUUCAGGCUCCUCCUCAAGUCGGCUCCUCCCCUCACCCCACAUGCUGCAGGCUGGGCUCAGCCAAUGGGGCCAUGGUCUUUUUCAAGGUUUCCAGGGCCAUUCUCAGCUAUCAGUACCAUCCUGAUUCUGGGCCGUGCUUCCCUACCCCCCCCCCCAAGAAUCCAUCUCUACACUCCCCCUCCAGGCUGGCCAUGGCUCCCAUUCUGCCCACCAAAGAGCCUACUCCCGUCGAAACGGGCUCUCAGACUGAAACCAAGGGCUUUUCUCAUUCGAUGUGACGACGCACAAAAGGCUUUCGUUCUGCUUAGAAGCUGGUGUCUGCUGGCCGGGGAUUGGACCAAUUGACUCCUGGUCAUCCCUUCAAGGCCAAGGAUUCCAGAGGCUAAACCUUAGUCAUGAGAACUAGCCCAGAAGCCUCUGGUAAGUCAGAGCUCCAGUUGGACACUAAACAGAGCGGCUCACUGACUCUGCCUUGAGUCUCGGGCCCUCAAGGGAGUCCACAAUCUGGCCCAGAGGUCACAUUAGUCUCCAGCUCCCAGAAGAUCCCUAACUGAGCAUUGACUAGGCAGUACAGUAGGACUCCUAAGUGGGAGUCGGUGGAAAGGGAACUGGCCCUGGAUGGAGGGGAGCUGGAUUCAAAAUCAUGCUUCUGUUGCCUACUACAAAUGGGACAUUGGCCAAGUUGCUUUGCCUCCUCGGGGCCUCAGUUCCCUCACCCGGUUUUGAGACUUGCGGCCAAUGGGCUUUGAGGAAGCUCCACGAUGGGCUCACAGGUAGUCAUUCUCUGGUUCGAGAAGGUCACUCUCUCUCAGCAGCAACCAUUCCCUAAGUUACUUAGCCCUGUGGAUAAACCGGAGCAGACCAAGGCUGUCUGGGGCUUUCGUCUUCUUGAAUGUGCUAAAGCUUUUCUCCCACUCCCAUCCUUCCUGGCUCUCCCAGGAGGGCAGAACCUUCAUAGGGGCCGCUGAGCCACAUGGCUUGUGUCCCCAUGGCCAAGCGGCAAGAGCUGCCACCGUCUCACAGGAACUAGCUGCGUCCUUUGGACCGAGGGCCCUGCAGCCACCAACCCAGCAUGGGCCUCCCGACUCCCGGAAAGCUCGAUUGCGAUCUCUUGGAUGGCCGGACACACGAGAGCUCGCUGUUCCCCAGCUCGGGCAGCCAAGUGGGCCUCUCAAAUGGACAGCCCAUGGGAGAAAGGCACCAAAAACCUACUGAAGAAAUCCAGAGCUCCGGUACUUCCCAGGUAGCACAGGCCAGCCUGGGGACUGCUGGGGCUUCCGUACCAAGAGAAGGGGGCCGUUCACCUUCAGACCCUAUGUCCACUUGCUGUUGGGUCAAGCAGGGCUACUGGUCCCUGCUCCUGACUCAUCAUACUAACUGAAUCAGUGUCUACCUCCUGUGGGCUAUGAGGGCACUGAAGGCCCAAAGGGCCCCACUUGAUGUCCAAGGAGAGACACAGAAGAGAAGUGGAGAUGACACUGGAAAGCACCUUGGAGAGCUCCAGAUUCUCUGACCUAAAAGACCUUCCUGACGCUGGCGGAUUGGGAGACGUCAGGAAAGGGCAAGGGCUCCCUUCCCUCUCUCUCAGCCCAAACCACUGGGCACAACAUGGGGUAGGGUGCCCCAGGCAGUCUCCCUCAGUACCUUCCUAAAGAGCACCUAGGCCUCUCCCCACGGGCUAGGCCCCUGCUCUUUGCAGUAUGGAUGGGACCGACAUGAUCCACAAGAGGCCCAUGGCCGGGGGAUUGUUUGGAAGUUCCUUCGCGGUCAAAGGAAUUAGGAGAAGUUAGCAACGCGCCCCACUGACCCUCACUUUGCUUUCCCCAAAGGCUGGAAGAUGAGAGGAUGGAUUGAAAUCCUCACUCGGCCACCUCGCCCCACCCCCAACCCCGCCAUGGGUCCAGAGGGACUUGUGACUUUCACAUCAUGACCACUAAUGCAAAAAAUGGGACGUGGCUUGUCCAGCUGACCGCAGAGGCUCUGGCUCGGUCCCAACAGCACGGUCCAGAGCCCAGAGGUGUCCGGGACUCCCUGCUUGCCCCCCCCCCCCACCGUCCUGCCAGCUCCUACCGGGCCUGAUUCCGAUCGAUCCGGCACACGUUUUUGAAGUGCCUCCCGUGCGCUGGGUCCCAGGAUCCAUCAACAAGCGUGGAGUGGGCCCUUCCUCAAGGGCCUUCCUUUGUCCAGCUAACGCCCAAGCGGCUUCUUGUAUGUCUACCCUUAGUGACUGUGGAGCCGGGGAGGUUGGUGCAGUCGCUUUGGAGGCCUCCUCAGCCCUGUCUAUGCCCCGAGAAGAAAGUUAAAUUAGCCUCCCUGGGACUUCCCAUCCUCCUUGAGGAUUCUGGCUCUGUUAGCUCACAGCAACCCAGACCCAGAUGGGCCUUGGUUCUGUGGGCCGUGUUAUAAAUAGUCACCAUAUAGGUUUUAUUUAACCCAUUUUUAAUAAAUCUGCUAUUCAACCAAAGUGAGAUGUAACCUCCGUGCGGGUCGCAGCCUGAGUUUCAGCUUGAUGAAAGGGAAAAGAGGUCAGCUGAGCACCCCUGUCUGCCCUGAGCUAGGCUCCCGGCAGGAAAGACCCAGGAUCCCCACGGGAGACACCAGCACCUAGAGGGGAAGAAGGGGCCAAGGUCCCAUAAACUAAAUGCUCUUUGUAGGGGGCUUGAACUAGUGCUGCUCUUCCAGUUUGCGGGGCUCAGGAGGGGGGUGGAGAAGGGGGCCCACAGUCCAAGGUCCCGUCCCGGUCGCCACCCUCUACUUCCCCAACAGCAAGCUGGCGACAUAGGCCAAAGGGAGCACCCCCCGCCUUCUGAAGUCUUCCGUCCCCCAAGUUGGGCAUCAAGCUCGGGGCGGAGGUGCUGGUGUAAGCUGGGGUCUGGACGCACCAGCGCAAGGCUGUAGGGAGGAGCUUGGAACGGGAGGGCGCUGGGGCUGGGGCUAAUGGCGGCCGAGCCUGGGCCACACCCCAUCCAGGAGCCAGGAGAGGCUCAGGUCCUCUGUAGGAGGUUGGAGGCCCACGUACUAGGUCUCUACACUCUGCUCUUCAAACCCCACCGGGUCCCUCCGAGAAAGGUUGGGACACCCGGAACCUCUUACUUGGAUAGGCUAUCUCUGUGACUCAGUGUAGGUGAGCCAAGCAAGCCCGGCAGAUGCCAAGUGUGGGAGCACAGGCCUGGUGUGGGAGCACAACCUUACUGCAGCUUGGUGGAGCUACUCUGUGUAUAGCCAGUAUACAUACUGUAUAUAUAAGCCAGGUUGUAAGUUUGUGUAAAUGAAUGCUUUGUUCUUGGCCAAUAAAAGCAUUUCUCUCCCAUGAGAGGUUGGACUUGUUUGCAAAGGACUGGCCCCUGAUCCCACCAAUCACUGGGCCCCUGCUCUGUGAAAGGUGCGAGGUCUUCUUGUUACCCCACCCCCACUUUGUGAGGGAAGGAGAGAAUCCUAGCCACCAAGACCCAGAAAGCAAGGUGCCCCUGAGCCGCCAUCCUCCCCUUCCCCCUGCCCUUUCUUAGGGUCACCUCCAAGGCAAGGCUGGGGCCCCUGAGCAACAUACAAACGGGCCUUUUCCUAAGCACUGGAUACUGAGUCUGCCCGAUGGCCGAGCUCAGGAUCCAAGGCCCCGAGAGCCCUUUGUCGGGCCCCUCGUGAGGCUUUUUGGCAGCCGCAUGCCAACCUUCCUGAGAGUUCCACAGCACCAAUAGAGUCUAGAUGACAAAGAGAUUCCCGGGAGGCCAAAAGGCCCAGGCGAGAGAUCCGAGCACUCCCGGCUCCUCCUCAGUGUGCCUGGAGAACGGGUGGAAUAGAAGCCUUGUCCAGUAGUAUUUCUGCAGCUGAGCUCAAGAUCCAGAACCAGAGCUCCGCUCUGUCUAGAAAAUCAGCUUCCAUGGGAAAUCGAAACUCUCGAGGAGUUCCAGAAAAUGUACUCUCGGUGACAAACGAGAGCUAAGCCAAGGCUGAAUGAGCCACUUGUCUUGCUCUCGGUGCUUGAUAAUGUACAUGGGCACGGUAGAGGCCGACGUCCAGACAGCUGCGGGUGUUCUAGGCCGUACUAACAGACAUGGGGUAAUAAUCACCUGACCUUUAGUCCUUUUUGAUUAGUAUUCAUUUUGACCUUAAAUGCCUAAAGACAAAAAAGGAGCACCGUUUCUGUGUACCCGGAAUAAAAAGAGGAUUCUCUAUAAAACCAUGAA